AUGGAUGCUACAACUGCUUGCCAUCUGAUGAGCGAUCCUUUUGCUGGGCAUGACUACACUUAUGGCAUCCCCAUUCGCGUCGUUGAGAAAUUGGUCCAAGGCACGAUGACCAGUAUUGCCAUUAUCGGCAAGCCUCGUGUUUUGGAGACGGUUGAUCGUGCAACGAUACAAAGGCAGUUUGUCAAAUACUUGCUCAAAAGUAAAUUUAUUCAAAAGAAAGCUGAAGUACCCACAACACCAGCCAUAAAUGAGUCUGCUGCUAAGAAUGCCACCCCUGCACUCGAGGAAAAGAAGAGUGAUUUUUGUGAUCCUCUUGAUUCCAUACUUCCAUCGCUAGAUGCUCCACUGAACCAUCUUGAGCCAGUUGUGACUAAUCAUUCUGAAAACGGCAAAUCUUAUGCUAUAUUCUCCAUCACUGGAACGAGUAUCCUGGUACGAUCUCGUCCAGCUCCGCUGUGCUCAGAAGGACAUCAGAGCAUGAAAGGGGCGACCUUGUCUCUUCAGCCUAGGAUGGAAUAUGUCCCCAAUGCGGGAGCGAUGAGACUUUCUGAGACGGAAGCUAUGUGGAACUACGCCAAAGGAAUUUUCAAGCAGUCGGCUAACCACGGCCUCUUUCGUACACACUUCAUGUUG